UCCUUGUUCUUUACUGUUUUCAUCUCCUGCCUGCCCCCUCCCCAGCUCUUCUGACUCACAGGGACAUUCUCUCUCAGGAUCCCGGAAGAACAUUUUCCCUUUACAUUUCACACCUCCCAUAGAUUUCAUUCCCCAGGGUCCCCCACCACACAGCCAUACUCUAGGCUAAGGGAUCCCCGCUAAGCCAUCUGGGGCUGGGGCUGGCUGAAAGCACCUGGCAAUGUGUUCACCACCUUGUUUUUCAGGGUCCUCUGGACCCUUCAACUCCAACAUCAACGCAGGAAAAGGCUUCCACUUCUUCUCUACCUCGACCAAGUUUGUCAAUGGCAAACGCGUCACAACCAAAAGGACUGUGGAGAACGGGCAGGAGCAGGUGGAAAUUGAAGAGGACGGAGAGCUGAAAUCUGUCCACGUCAAUGAUGUGGCGGUUGACGAGACAAGCAGCAGAGCAGCAGCAGGGCACGACUCUCACGCUGGGCCUACCAAGGUGCAUUCUGGGCGGAACAAGCCGCAGGCCAGAUACAAGUCAGCUCCUGGAUCCGAGUCACCAGUGGGGAGGCAAGAGUCCCACACGGAAAAGAAAGAGUCCCAUGCUAGGGCCCAGUCGAAUCUCAGCUCCGAGCCGCAGGCUGGGCGGAAUUAGUCGUAUGCGAGAGAAGAGAGGCCCAGGCUGGGGAAGGAGGCAUGUGCUGGGAGUGAAGAGUUGCAGGCCUGCAGGAGCGAGACACACGCAGUAGCUGCUGAGUGGAAGGGAGGAGCUGGCUCCUGGCUGGAAUGAGCUAGCUGCUGAGAACAGGACGGCGACUGGUGGGAUGCGACUGCUUCUGGAUACAAGUCAGCGCCCGUGUGGAACUAAGAAUGGAGUCCGGUGUCCAGCGGAAC